AAAUGUUGUUAUUAUCUGUUAGUUAUAUUUUAGUCUCCAUCGGGACACUGGAGAUUAAAGCACGAUCUAGCCAUUCACCCGUUGCGGAAAGACAGAAGUCACUUUCCGUAGGUGGAGAGAAUACUCGCAAUUAUGUUGGAAUGGGUUAUGAUGCAGUGCUGGGUAAUCCGUUUGGGAGCUUGGGGCAAGAUAAGGAUUCGGGUUACCGUAAUCCCAUCCUUGAGACGCACGUAACAAUUUCUGGUGAUAAAACAAAAAGUUCAGAGCAGAAUGGUUUAUGGGUUCGUGAAUUGUCAACUUGCUGGAUUAGCGAUACCCAUGAUGAUGUUGGCGAUGAUGAAUUGGUUCGUGAACUGCAAAAUGAGUUCACGGUCGAGGGCUCGGAAAAUAGUGAACUUUUAAGUGCUAGCAUCAAUAGUAUGGCUGAUGAUAAGCCUACGAGCAAACAUACUGUCAAUUACCGUAUUGCAAAAUCGUUUUGUGCAAUAAGAGAGAGUGGUAUUAUGGUGCCUUUCACUGGGAAGAUAUCCUCUGUUUUUAUAAAAGAAGUUGAAGCACUUCCUAGCAUAAACGAGGAUUACGGACCAUGUACCCCUGACGUUUUUAUAGUGGACCCCUUGAAGAGCGACUGCUCCAGUAUGCAUCAAUGGGUAAAGUUCUUCAAGCGUUAUGGCACACAUAUGACUUCGCAUAUAACUAUAGGUGGUCAGAUAAUAUCUAUUGACCGUAUGGUCGAGGGGGAGAAAAUCACUAAGAUGGUGAAAACUUUAGGCGGUGGUGAAUCCAUCUACAAAGUUACUGAUAAGUUUUCUAGUGUGAUGACUGGUAAGAGAGAAUCCCAUCAAAUGCUGAUUCUUGGGGGGUAUUACUUUUCGGGUCUAGAAUCGAACGAUAGCAAAGCCUUCAACCGUUGGUCCAAGAGUGUAUGGGAGCGCCCUAUGCCAAUUCGUGCAAAUUUCACUUCACUGGAACAUUUUAUGGGCGAUAAAUCAAAAAGUUAUCAGCAUGCUGUACGAUUUUACAGAGGUGUUCAAAAUGUUGCCAAUGGUCAUUCGUUGAACUACACGACAAUUUCCCAGAUGUUAAAAGAAACUGUUACCGUAGUAUCUAACACCGGAUCUGCAUAUUGUCCAACAGGCAUGUCUGUAGUAUCGGGAUUUGUUAUGACCAAGACCGAACCCUUCCAUAUUGAUUCAUGUGUUGCUUCCAGACCUUUUUGUUUCAGCGACGUAUUAAAGGAUAAUGUACUAGCAGUUGCGUUAUGUGCAAAAGGUGCACAUAUUAACUUUGUCACUAUUGAAUCCAAGGAGAGGAGAAAGUGUCCCAAUGAUUUGGUAGUUGCCUUUGGAUUCCAAAUGUUCACUGACGAAACAUCUGCCAUGCAACUCGCAUCAUGUCCAAUAGGACAAGCGGAUUGUGGAGAUAUGCCGGGUAAAGGUGGAAUUGAGUGGAAGGUUUGUACCCAACGAAAUCUGCUCGAUUCUAAUUUUGAACCUCGCACAGCUGCCACUCGAGAAGGUUACUACGCAAAUAUGGAUUGUCCUUCAUCUCAAAAGGUGGUAUCAGGCUUCGUUCUACGUCGCACGAGAGGCUCACUUCAGGUUGACAGUUGCAUGGCAGGUAUAUCCAGCUGUAGCAUUCAAUGUACUGACGGUACUUUUACAGCUGGUAAUGGUUUUAUCAUUUGCUUAUAA